AUGGGAUAUAUCUUUUUGGUCGCGUGCGCCGCGGUUGCCCUCUGGAUUGCACAUGGCGCGUACAAGAUCUUUGUCUAUGCCUAUCUCAGUCCAUACCGUGAUCUGCCCACGCCAGAUCAGGGCGCGAUAUGGAAGAGAUUGCUUAUCGAGCCCGACACGUCCGACUUCCUCAGAUGGGCCAACGAGGUGCCCAAUGACGGCUUGAUUCGCUACUUUGGCAUCCUCAAUGACGAGCGCCUCCACGUCACAAACACCCAAGGGCUUGCGCAGUUGCUCCAGAAGGACGCCUAUCUCUACACUAAACCAAGCGCCCAGGGACAGCUCAUCCGGGUCCUCGCUGGCGACAAUCUCGUCGUCGACGAAGGCGAAAACCACAAGAUUAGCGACACCAGACUGCAACCCGCCUUCAGUCCCGCCCGCAAGCCUCACUGGUAUCAACUAUUCUCGUCCGCCGCCCUAGACCUGGUCCAGGCCAUCGAUCACCAGAACACCUCACUUUCCUCUCCCACCACCGACACAACACCCUUCAACCUUAGCCGAGUGCUCAGCCAGAUGGGCCUCGACACAAUUGGGAAGGAUUGCGUCGGCGCAGACUUCGACUCGCUCAAGUCGCCGAAGGACAAGAACACACUGGGCUACCUCAAGCUCUUCAACACCAGCGCCGACGCCAACCUGCUCGAGGUCAUCAUGCACCUCUUCCCCUUUUGGCUGCUCGAAGCCCUCCCGAUCAAGGCGUUACAAUAUGCUCGCAACAUGACAGGUCAAGUCCGGGAGACUGUGCAAGAGAAGGCAGCCGAGAAUAUGGCGGCGCACGAUCACGGACAAGAGAAAGAAGACCUCGAUGACAAAAACAUGGUUGACUGUAUGAGACGGGAUCUAUUGUCGCCUGCACAAGUCGUCAACAAUGCUCUGACCAUGGUCACGGCUGGGCACGAAGAGAUUGGAACUGCCUUGACCUGGGUCGUCUACUUUCUGAUCCACCAUCCCGAGGUACAGACUCGACUCCGGAAUGAAAUCACGUCAGCGCCUGGCGACUCAAGCGACUGGAAGGAGCAGGGCUUUGUCGAAGACGACUUCAACAAGAUCCCCUACUUGCGAGCAGUUAUCAAUGAAAGUCUGCGUCUCAGGCCCAACGUCCCCGUCAUCUGGCGCGAGUCCACGUCCCCGACCACACUUCUCGAGACCUCCAUUCCCCGCCCUGGUGCCGUCAUCACAGCUUCGACUUGGGCAAUGAACAGGAAUGUUGAUGAAUGGGGUGUCGACGCAACAGGAUUCAAUCCUGAUCGAUGGCUGGAUGAUGCGAAUGGAGGAGCGAAGUCGGCCUUUUCUUUCAUGACUUUCGGUCAAGGCCCUCGCAAGUGUAUUGGUGAGCUAUAUGCAAGGACACAGAUGGAAUGUGUCCUUGCUGGCCUGGUCGACAGCUUCGUCUUGUCCAGUGCCCAUAAGCUCGAGGAUAUUGUCACAAGUCAGGGGAUGAUUACAGUCAAAGUCUGGCAAGGCUUGAGGAUACUUGCCCGCCCCGUGGAGCGAACGGUAUAG